AUGGGACUUGCAGCACCUCGCAAGAAAAUCAAAAUUUCUCAUGACCCUAACAAUACCAAUUGGUCACGGUCAACAAGCGGUUUUGGGCACAAGAUCUUGAGCUCCCAGGGAUGGACACCCGGGAGCUUCUUGGGGGCACGCAAUGCCGCACAUGCUGAAAUGUUUACCGCAGCGAGUGCAUCUCAUAUCAAGGUUGUCUUGAAGGAUGAUACACUGGGCCUAGGGGCGCGACCUAAGCGUGAUCCUUUAAAUGAGCCCACUGGUCUUGAUGCAUUCAAAGGACUCCUUGGCCGGCUAAACGGCAAGUCAGACGCGGAUUUGCAGGUCGAGCAGCAAAAGCGCGACAACGUAAAAUUGGCUCGAUAUGCUGCCACGAAGUGGCAAGCAGUCACAUUCAUAAGUGGUGGCUUACUAGCUCAGGAAAAAACCACCCCCAUUGUUACUGAGGAGCCACAAGGAAUCCACAAAGACAAGCAAGAGGACAAACUGUCUGCUACGGUACCUGGACCUGACUCUGACGGCGUUGAGGGGUCAGAUAACAUUGGAGGCCAAAGUGAUCAAAGCAUCAAAAAGAAGAAAUCGAAGUCCAAGAACCAUCGGGAGAAGAAGGACAGAAAAAGAAAGCAUACUGAAGAGCCUGAGUCCACGGACUCCGGAAAUACGAACAAGAGGUCAACAGAGAAAAAGAGUAAGGCAACUAGGGAUGAUGAAGAAAGCUCUUCAACAACUUCCAAAGGUCUGUCGAGGGAGCGCCGUCCGAUGGGGAGACAUGUUUUUAGAGGCCGACAUAUUGCGCAGAAGAAAGCGGCUCUCAUGGACGAGAAGUCCCUCAACGAGAUAUUCAUGGUCAAAUCAUAG